UGGCAUCCAUGUUGUUUACAGGUUUCCAGUGAUACGGGAGUUCCAUUAAGGGAAAUAACUCUGCCUCUAUUGGGAAGAAAUGGUCUGCUGACUGCUAUUGUCAAUUUAGUUUGUCAUGUCAUCAGAACUUGUUAACAUUAAAAAAAUAAAAAAUGCUUACAACAGAAUAUCUAAAUAUGUUCAUAAGACACCCGUUUUUACUAGUUCGGCUGCUGAUAAAAUGACUGGCAGAAAAUGUUUUUUCAAAGCUGAAAACCUUCAGAAAACUGGAUCAUUCAAAGUCAGAGGGGCCCUCAAUGCAAUACUUGCAUUGAAAGAAAAAAAUCCAAAUGUUUCUGGUGUGGUAACUCACAGUAGUGGAAAUCAUGGUCAGGCAGUUGCCUGGGCCACAAGUGUGGCUGGCUUCCCAUGUUCUGUUGUUGUUCCAGAGUACGCUCCUGAGGUGAAGAAAACGGCAAUACGAGGCUAUGGAGCAGAACUGGCUGAAUGUGGAUCUCUGCCCACAGAUAGAAAUGUAGUAUGUGACAAAAUAUCUACAGAGAAAGGCUAUGUCAUAAUUCCACCCUAUGACCAUGAAGAUGUUAUUGCAGGGCAGGGAACUGUUGCACUGGAACUCCUAGACCAAGUUCCGGACCUUGACGCCAUUUUGGUUUCUGUCAGUGGAGGUGGAUUAUCUUCAGGGAUUGCCAUUGCUGCAAAAGCUAUCAAACCAAACAUUAAAAUUUUUCUUGUGGAACCUGAAGGAAAACACAUGGAAAAAUGUCUACGAGAAGGAAAAAGAUUAUGGUCAGAUCCUCCCAAAUACCUGGACACCAUAGCUGAUGGAAUCCGUCUGGAACAACCUGGACAAUUGACUUUUCCAAUAUUAACACAGCUUGUAGAGAAAGAAGUCUUUUCAUUGAACAAUGAUGAAAUGAUAGAGGGUAUGAAGUUUGCCUUUCAAAGGAUGAAGCUGGUUAUUGAGGCAGCAGCUGGAGCAGCAGUGGCAGCCAUUUUGUCUGACAAGAUGAAGAAGAUGGACCCAAGUCUUAAACAUGUUGCUGUUAUUUUGUGUGGGGGCAAUAUUGACAUAGAUCAUCUGCCGUGGUACUGAACAGGAACAUUACUAGGAGGGGAGGGGGCAGGAGGAGGGAUUCUGGAACAGUUGUCUUCCCUAAAAAUGUCUUUAAAUGUGCCCAUUUUAUUUAAAAGUUCCCUUUCUGUCUACUGAAGAAGAUCCUUGUAUUACAAUAUCUAUUGAAGUCCUGGUUAUUUUACUACCCUAUCUCCCUAAUUUGUUUAGGCUAGCUAUGAUAUUGCUAAAAAAAAAAUAGAUUCAGUUUUAAUAUGGGCACUAUCACAAUAUCUUUUAUCCUGCAACCACUGUUCCUAUUGACUGAUUAUAAUGACCAAUUAAAGCAAAGUCAUUAACAUAUACUAGCAGAUUAGGACUUGUGACGUAAUGUACACUUUGAUGUCACUUCCACAGAUAUGUGGUGAAACCAUUCACUUGACUUGGGUAAUCAUACAAAGUAACUGAAAUAAACAGGAAUAAUAGUUUCAGAGCAAAUAGGGAAUUGCUUUGGGCAAGCCAUGUGGAAUUCCACAUUCUUACCUUCUAAGAAUAAACCAGUAUCCCCACAUGAUUAAUUAGUUAUUCUCUAUGAAUAUUACUGACGCCAUAACCGUAAAUAAAAUGUGUUGAGUGCAUCAUUAAUUAAACAUUUCUUAUGAAUAUUAAGAGGCCUUGUACAUAAAACAAAAUGAAUACCUUGUAUCAUUUUAUUUCAUUUAAAACGUUUUUAUCAGUAUAGUUAAUAUGUUUUUAUCCUGCUACCACUGUUUCUAUUGACAGAAUAUGAUGAUGGGUAAAGACUUGAUGUCACUCAUGUGUUAUACCCCACUUCCGGUCUCGUUGCCAUGGUUUCUUUUGUUAAAACUGUAGGUGUAUUCACUUCAUUUUAAGGAAAAGUGUAGGUGUAUCGGAUACACCCACACUUUUU